CUUUACGUGGAGGGGCCGUAGGGAAGUGGACGGACCGGUCCCGCGACUACGACCUUCCCGGGUGGAGCGCCCCGCGCCGGGGUCUCUCCCAGUUCUGCCUGCCCUAGGCUGGCCCGAGGCGGCGGUUUCCACUCGGAUUACCCAAAGCUGGUCUCCAGGGAGGUGAGCUCGCACCAGCUGCCUCCGGGCACCAAAUGGCACUUCGUGAACGUCCACCCCUCUUCGCUCCUCCAAAGUGUCUCUUUGUCUGUGAAAUAGGGAUAUGAAUGACUCCCACAAGGUUGGAAAGACCGAACGAUAAAUGGAGGAAAACACCCAGCUCUGAGAAGGUAGAUAAGAGCGUUCAUAAGGACAAGCCCUUCGGGAAGAAAGGCGUUUUGUUUCCAACCACACAGACCCAAUUUUUUCUCUCAUCACGUGCCUGGCCUCAGCCAGUUGGCAGCUCUGUAACGCGAUCCCCAUGACCAGCCUCCCGGCCCACCCCAGUAACCCCAGGGUGAGCGGCGGUGGCAGUCACAGAAAGCCACCAAAGGGAAGAGGAAGCAGUCUUGACCUGUGAUUGGGACCUCAGAGGAGCUUGGAAACAGCCCACCGCAGAGAUGAAGGGAGAAGCUGGAAGUACGCUACGUAAGGAGAAGUCGAAGCAGGAGGGACACAUCUGGGGCUCCAUGAAGAGGACGGCUGUCAUCCUGGGCUCUGGCCUCCUCUUGCUCGUGGCCCUCUGGAACUCAGUCACAUGGCAUCUUCAGAGAUUUUGGGGUGCUUCUGGCUACUUUUGGCAGGCCAAGUGGGAGAGGCUGCUGUCUACAUUCGAAGGGAAGGAGUGGAUCCUCUUUGUUAUAGGUACCACCUCCGUGCCUUUCCUGCUCUUCUGGGCCUUCAAUGGGCUGCUUCUGGUGGUCGACACAACUGGAAAACCUAACUUCAUCUCCCGCUACCGAAUUCAGAUUGGCAAGAAUGAACCCGUGGACCCCGUGAAACUACGCCAGGCCAUCCGCACGGUUCUUUUCAACCAGAUCAUGAUCUCUCUCCCCAUGGUAGUCUUCCUCUAUCCCUUCCUCAAGUGGUGGGGAGACCCCUGCCGCCGAGCGCUACCGACCUUCCACUGGGUCCUCCUGGAGCUGGCGAUCUUCACUGUCAUUGAGGAAGUCUUGUUCUACUAUGUACACCGGGUCCUUCACCACCCAGCAUUCUAUAAGAAAAUCCACAAGAAACACCAUGAGUGGACGGCUCCCAUUGGUGUGAUCUCUCUCUACGCCCACCCUACGGAGCACGUGGCCUCCAACAUGCUGCCGGUGUUUGCAGGUCCCUUACUAAUGAGCUCCCACUUGUCCUCCAUCACCAUAUGGUUUUCCUUGGUUCUUAUCAUCACCACCAUCUCCCACUGCGGCUACCACCUACCCUUUCUGCCCUCACCGGAAUUCCACGACUACCACCAUCUCAAGUUCAACCAGUGCUACGGGGUGCUGGGGGUGAUGGACCACCUUCAUGGGACUGACACCAUGUUUAAGCAGACCAAGGCCUAUGAGAGACACACUCUCCUGCUGGGCUUCACUCCGCUGUCCGAGAGCAUCCCCAACUGCCCCAAGAAGAUGGAGUGAGAGCGG